CAACUAUCUAGAGAAAGGAAGGGAUUAAAAGACCCAACAUACGCGUCCGAGGGGCUUCCCAGUCGCGUACAAUUUUCGUUUAAAAACCGACGCUCUUUCAUCAUUCCCAUUUAGUUCGACUUUUAACUACGAGCUAACGCGGUAUCGAGCAUUAUGGGGUCGCCUAUUUCUUUAGCAUUUGCGGUAUACGUUUCCAUGUUGCUCGCUUCGAUCGAAAAUGCCCUCGCAUUGCCAUUUCGUCAAACUAAUGUCGAAAGCGAAACCGCGGUGCCAAACAUCGUGAGCAGGCUGGAGUGGCAAGCCAGGCCACCGGUUGACCGAGUGCCGUUGGAAGUGACGCCGACACCUUACGUGGUCAUUCAUCACGGAGGCACAGCUAAACGCUGUUACGAUCAGAAAACCUGCUCUGCGAUCGUAAGGAGUUACCAAAACUUUCAUAUGGACGAUAGACAAUGGUUCGAUAUCGGUUACAACUUCGUUAUCGGCGAGGAUGGGAACGUUUACGAGGGUCGGGGCUGGGAUUACGUCGGGGCGCAUGCACCUGGUUACAACACUCAGAGCAUCGGAAUAUGCGUUAUCGGUGAUUUUAGCGAUAUUCUUCCCAAUGAAGUAGCUUUGAAGGCGGUGGACGCGUUGAUCAGUUACGGAGUAUCCCUUGGCAAAAUCAAUGAAGAUUAUCACGUGCUGGGACAUCGACAAGCCAGGAGUACUCUCUGUCCAGGCAAUGAAUUUUACAAGUACGUUCAGAAAUUUCCACGCUGGACUGACCAUCCUAUACCGAAACAUUGAACAACAUUGUCGUUGAUUAUCGUUGAACGAGCGAAAAUAUCGCGAGCAAGAAGAAAGAAAGCUAAUGCACUUGAAAAUGAAAUAUAUAUGACAAAGUUAAUAGCGGUGAUCCUGCUAGUCGUCAACUGUCAAGUGUUGUUUUGUGCUGUGCAUAAGACGCCUGAAGAGAAAAAAGACAAACCUAAAAUAGAUUAUUUCCAUUUGAAUAGAACAUUGAAGAGAAAUGUACGUCCAAGUAUAAUAUCAAGAUCCGAAUGGGGAGCCAACGCACCAAAGUCAACCCUUAGGAAUCUCGCGGAGGAGCCUGCUCCGUUCGUUAUAAUUCAUCAUUCAGCGUCUGACAGUUGCACGACUCGAGCGAUUUGUCAAGCCAGAGUGAGAAGUUUUCAGAACCAUCACAUGAACCAGAAAGGCUGGACGGACAUAGGUUACAAUUUUUUGGUUGGCGAAGAUGGAAACAUUUACGAAGGAAGAGGAUGGGGCAAACACGGUGCACAUUCCACGCCUUACAAUUCCAAGAGCAUCGGAAUUUGCAUGAUUGGCAAUUUUGUUGGUCAUAAUCCAAGCGUGGCUGCGAUAAAGGCAGUUAAGGAUUUGAUCGAGUACGGUGUAACGCUUGGGAAAAUACAAGAAAACUAUACGCUGCUUGGUCAUCGACAAACGACGUCAACUUCCUGUCCAGGCGACAGUCUCUAUCAACUGAUACAAACGUGGCCUCACUGGUCGUCGAUCUGAUAAUUCUUCAACGGAAAGCAUCGUUGCAUAAUCGAUUUAUUUUAGACGCUGUAUCGUACAUGUUUUCGAAGAGAAGUAAACGUUGUUCGCAUCGCA